GGGGGUGAAAAACCCAGACAGACUCAAAACAAAUAUAAAUGCAUCUGUGAGGAAUAUGGUGGCAGCAACAAGUGCCUUGCAGGAAAUAAAACCCUCACAACCUUCUACGGUUACAAAUGAGUCUGCCACUAAUAAUGAACAAUCUUCAGCAGUCAAGGAAGGGAAAAUAUCGGCCACUACCGUUGGACUCUCAUCUACCCAGGGAACUGAAAGUACAACUGCAGAGCCAACUGACUCUACAACUGCAGCGGGAACGACCCUUGAAGAUCACACAACAACGUUAGAAAUGUCAACAAUUCCAGCUGAAACAACGACCAUUGUUACACAAGAACCAUCAGCUAGCCCAGAGACUAUGACAAGCCCAUCUUCCACAAUCACUUCUGGCCACACAACAGUGUCCUCUGAUGUUACAAGUGAGUCUCUAACUAGCACUGCUGGUAGCUUAACAUCAAGUGAGGCAUCAACAACAACUUCUGAAGCAAGCACAUCUGCUGAAGAAUGGACAGCGACCUCAGCUGGUUUAACAAGUGCAACUGUGGAAGCUACGUUUUCAACAUCGGGAGUGACCCUGACACCAGAAUCAACCAAAGACACAAUGGAAACAACUACAGCUAUGUCCUCAAGUGUAACAGAAACUUCAACCAGUACCUCGCCGGAAACAAAUCCCUCACAACCUUCUACGAUUACCAGUGAGCCUGCCACUACAAAUGAACUAACUUCAAUAGUCACGGAUGGGCAAACAUCUUCCACUACCGUUGGACUCUCAUCUACCCAGGGAACUGAAAGUACAAAUGCAGAGCCAACUGACUCCACAACUGCAGCGGGAACGACCCUUGAAGAUCACACAACAACGUUAGAAAUGUCAACAAUUCCAGCUGAAACAACGACCAUUGUUACACAAGAACCAUCAGCUAGCUCAGAGACUGUGACAAGCCCAUCGCCCACAAUCACUUCUGGCCACACAACAGUGUCCUCUGAUGUUACAAGUGAGUCUCUAACUAGCACUGCUGGUACCUCAACAUCAAGUGAGGAAUCAACAACAACUUCUGAAGCAAGCACAUCUGCUGAAGCGUCAACAUGGACGACAGCUGGUUUAACAAGUGCAACUGAGGAAGCUACGUUUUCAACAUCGGGAGUGACCAUGACACCAGAAUCAACCAAAGACACAAUGGAAACAACUACAGCUAUGUCCUCAAGUGUAACAGAAACUUCAACCAGUACCUCGCCGGAAACAAACCCCUCACAACCUUCUACGAUUACCAGUGAGCCUGCCACUACAAAUGAACUAACUUCAAUAGUCACGGAUGGGCAAACAUCUUCCACUACCGUUGGACUCUCAUCUACCCAGGGAACUGAAAGUACAACUGCAGAGCCAACUGACUCCACAACUGCAGCAGGAACGACCCUUGAAGAUCACACAACAACGUUAGAAAUGUCAACAAUUCCAGCUGAAACAACGACCAUUGUUACACAAGAACCAUCAGCUAGCCCAGAGACUAUGACAAGGCCAUCUCCCACAAUCACUUCUGGCCACACAACAGUGUCCUCUGAUGUUACAAGUGAGUCUCUAACUAGCACUGCUGGUAGCUUAACAUCAAGUGAGGCAUCAACAACAACUUCUGAAGCAAGCACAUCUGCUGAAGAAUGGACAGCGACCUCAGCUGGUUUAACAAGUGCAACUGUGGAAGCUACGUUUUCAACAUCGGGAGUGACCCUGACACCAGAAUCAACCAAAGACACAAUGGAAACAACUACAGCUAUGUCCUCAAGUGUAACAGAAACUUCAACCAGUACCUCACCGGAAACAAAUCCCUCACAACCUUCUACGAUUACCAGUGAGCCUGCCACUACAAAUGAACUAACUUCAAUAGUCACGGAUGGGCAAACAUCUUCCACUACCGUUGGACUCUCAUCUACCCAGGGAACUGAAAGUACAAAUGCAGAGCCAACUGACUCCACAACUGCAGCGGGAACGACCCUUGAAGAUCACACAACAACGUUAGAAAUGUCAACAAUUCCAGCUGAAACAACGACCAUUGUUACACAAGAACCAUCAGCUAGCUCAGAGACUGUGACAAGCCCAUCGCCCACAAUCACUUCUGGCCACACAACAGUGUCCUCUGAUGUUACAAGUGAGUCUCUAACUAGCACUGCUGGUACCUCAACAUCAAGUGAGGAAUCAACAACAACUUCUGAAGCAAGCACAUCUGCUGAAGCGUCAACAUGGACGACAGCUGGUUUAACAAGUGCAACUGAGGAAGCUACGUUUUCAACAUCGGGAGUGACCAUGACACCAGAAUCAACCAAAGACACAAUGGAAACAACUACAGCUAUGUCCUCAAGUGUAACAGAAACUUCAACCAGUACCUCGCCGGAAACAAACCCCUCACAACCUUCUACGAUUACCAGUGAGCCUGCCACUACAAAUGAACUAACUUCAAUAGUCACGGAUGGGCAAACAUCUUCCACUACCGUUGGACUCUCAUCUACCCAGGGAACUGAAAGUACAACUGCAGAGCCAACUGACUCCACAACUGCAGCAGGAACGACCCUUGAAGAUCACACAACAACGUUAGAAAUGUCAACAAUUCCAGCUGAAACAACGACCAUUGUUACACAAGAACCAUCAGCUAGCCCAGAGACUAUGACAAGGCCAUCUCCCACAAUCACUUCUGGCCACACAACAGUGUCCUCUGAUGUUACAAGUGAGUCUCUAACUAGCACUGCUGGUAGCUUAACAUCAAGUGAGGCAUCAACAACAACUUCUGAAGCAAGCACAUCUGCUGAAGAAUGGACAGCGACCUCAGCUGGUUUAACAAGUGCAACUGUGGAAGCUACGUUUUCAACAUCGGGAGUGACCCUGACACCAGAAUCAACCAAAGACACAAUGGAAACAACAACAGCUAUGUCCUCAAGUGUAACAGAAACUUCAACCAGUACCUCACCGGAAACAAAUCCCUCACAACCUUCUACGAUUACCAGUGAGCCUGCCACUACAAAUGAACUAACUUCAAUAGUCACGGAUGGGCAAACAUCUUCCACUACCGUUGGACUCUCAUCUACCCAGGGAACUGAAAGUACAAAUGCAGAGCCAACUGACUCCACAACUGCAGCGGGAACGACCCUUGAAGAUCACACAACAACGUUAGAAAUGUCAACAAUUCCAGCUGAAACAACGACCAUUGUUACACAAGAACCAUCAGCUAGCUCAGAGACUGUGACAAGCCCAUCGCCCACAAUCACUUCUGGCCACACAACAGUGUCCUCUGAUGUUACAAGUGAGUCUCUAACUAGCACUGCUGGUACCUCAACAUCAAGUGAGGAAUCAACAACAACUUCUGAAGCAAGCACAUCUGCUGAAGCGUCAACAUGGACGACAGCUGGUUUAACAAGUGCAACUGAGGAAGCUACGUUUUCAACAUCGGGAGUGACCAUGACACCAGAAUCAACCAAAGACACAAUGGAAACAACUACAGCUAUGUCCUCAAGUGUAACAGAAACUUCAACCAGUACCUCGCCGGAAACAAAUCCCUCACAACCUUCUACGAUUACCAGUGAGCCUGCCACUACAAAUGAACUAACUUCAAUAGUCACGGAUGGGCAAACAUCUUCCACUACCGUUGGACUCUCAUCUACCCAGGGAACUGAAAGUACAACUGCAGAGCCAACUGACUCCACAACUGCAGCAGGAACGACCCUUGAAGAUCACACAACAACGUUAGAAAUGUCAACAAUUCCAGCUGAAACAACUACCAUUGUUACACAAGAACCAUCAGAUAGCCCAGAGACUGUGACAAGCCCAUCUCCCACAAUCACUUCUGGUCACACAACAGUGCCCUCUGACGUUACAAGUGAGUCUCUAACUAGCACUCCUGGUACCUCAACAUCAAGUGAGGCAUCAACAACAACUUCUGAAGCAAGCACAUCUGCUGAAGCGUCAACAUGGACAACAGCUGGUUUAACAAGUGCAACUGAGGAAGCUACGUUUUCAACAUCGGGAGUGACCAUGACACCAGAAUCAACCAAAGACACAAUGGAAACAACUACAGCUAUGUCCUCAAGUGUAACAGAAACUUCAACCAGUACCUCGCCGGAAACAAGUCCCUCACAACCUUCUACAAUUACCAGUGAGCCUGCCACUACAAAUGAACUAACUUCAAUAGUCACGGAUGGGCAAACAUCUUCCACUACCGUUGGACUCUCAUCUACCCAGGGAACUGAAAGUACAACUGCAGAGCCAACUGACUACACAACUGCAGCAGGAACGACCCUUGAAGAUCACACAACAACGUUAGAAAUGUCAACAAUUCCAGCUGAAACAACGACCAUUGUUACACAAGAACCAUCAGCUAGCCCAGAGACCGUGACAAGCCCAUCUCCCACAAUCACUUCUGGUCACACAACAGUGCCCUCUGACGUUACAAGUGAGUCUCUAACUAGCACUGCUGGUACCUCAACAUCAAGUGAGGCAUCAACAACAACUUCUGAAGCAAGCACAUCUGCUGAAGACUCGACAGCGACCUCAGCUGGUUUAACAAGUGCAACUGAGGAAGCUACGUUUUCAACAUCGGGAGUGACCAUGACACCAGAAUCAACCAAAGACACAAUGGAAACAACUACAGCUAUGUCCUCAAGUGUAACAGAAACUUCAACCAGUACCUCGCCGGAAACAAGUCCCUCACAACCUUCUACGAUUACCAGUGAGCCUGCCACUACAAAUGAACUAACUUCAAUAGUCACGGAUGGGCAAACAUCUUCCACUACCGUUAGACUCUCAUCUACCCAGGGAACUGAAAGUACAACUGCAGAGCCAACUGACUACACAACUGCAGCAGGAACGACCCUUGAAGAUCACACAACAACGUUAGAAAUGUCAACAAUUCCAGCUGAAACAACUACCAUUGUUACACAAGAACCAUCAGCUAGCCCAGAGACCGUGACAAGCCCAUCUCCCACAAUCACUUCUGGUCACACAACAGUGCCCUCUGACGUUACAAGUGAGUCUCUAACUAGCACUGCUGGUACCUCAACAUCAAGUGAGGCAUCAACAACAACUUCUGAAGCAAGCACAUCUGCUGAAGCGUCAACAUGGACAACAGCUGGUUUAACAAGUGCAACUGAGGAAGCUACGUUUUCAACAUCGGGAGUGACCAUGACACCAGAAUCAACCAAAGACACAAUGGAAACAACUACAGCUAUGUCCUCAAGUGUAACAGAAACUUCAACCAGUACCUCGCCGGAAACAAAUCCCUCACAACCUUCUACGAUUACCAGUGAGCCUGCCACUACAAAUGAACUAACUUCAAUAGUCACGGAUGGGCAAACAUCUUCCACUACCGUUGGACUCUCAUCUACCCAGGGAACUGAAAGUACAACUGCAGAGCCAACUGACUACACAACUGCAGCAGGAACGACCCUUGAAGAUCACACAACAACGUUAGAAAUGUCAACAAUUCCAGCUGAAACAACGACCAUUGUUACACAAGAACCAUCAGCUAGCCCAGAGACCAUGACAAGCCCAUCUCCCACAAUCACUUCUGGCCACACAACAGUGUCCUCUGAUGUUACAAGUGAGUCUCUAACUAGCACUGCUGGUACCUCAACAUCAAGUGAGGAAUCAACAACAACUUCUGAAGCAAGCACAUCUGCUGAAGACUCGACAGCGACCUCAGCUGGUUUAACAAGUGCAACUGAGGAAGCUACGUUUUCAACAUCGGGAGUGACCAUGACACCAGAAUCAACCAAAGACACAAUGGAAACAACUACAGCUAUGUCCUCAAGUGUAACAGAAACUUCAACCAGUACCUCGCCGGAAACAAGUCCCUCACAACCUUCUACGAUUACCAGUGAGCCUGCCACUACAAAUGAACUAACUUCAAUAGUCACGGAUGGGCAAACAUCUUCCACUACCGUUAGACUCUCAUCUACCCAGGGAACUGAAAGUACAACUGCAGAGCCAACUGACUACACAACUGCAGCAGGAACGACCCUUGAAGAUCACACAACAACGUUAGAAAUGUCAACAAUUCCAGCUGAAACAACUACCAUUGUUACACAAGAACCAUCAGCUAGCCCAGAGACCGUGACAAGCCCAUCUCCCACAAUCACUUCUGGUCACACAACAGUGCCCUCUGACGUUACAAGUGAGUCUCUAACUAGCACUGCUGGUACCUCAACAUCAAGUGAGGCAUCAACAACAACUUCUGAAGCAAGCACAUCUGCUGAAGCGUCAACAUGGACAACAGCUGGUUUAACAAGUGCAACUGAGGAAGCUACGUUUUCAACAUCGGGAGUGACCAUGACACCAGAAUCAACCAAAGACACAAUGGAAACAACUACAGCUAUGUCCUCAAGUGUAACAGAAACUUCAACCAGUACCUCGCCGGAAACAAAUCCCUCACAACCUUCUACGAUUACCAGUGAGCCUGCCACUACAAAUGAACUAACUUCAAUAGUCACGGAUGGGCAAACAUCUUCCACUACCGUUGGACUCUCAUCUACCCAGGGAACUGAAAGUACAACUGCAGAGCCAACUGACUACACAACUGCAGCAGGAACGACCCUUGAAGAUCACACAACAACGUUAGAAAUGUCAACAAUUCCAGCUGAAACAACGACCAUUGUUACACAAGAACCAUCAGCUAGCCCAGAGACCAUGACAAGCCCAUCUCCCACAAUCACUUCUGGCCACACAACAGUGUCCUCUGAUGUUACAAGUGAGUCUCUAACUAGCACUGCUGGUACCUCAACAUCAAGUGAGGAAUCAACAACAACUUCUGAAGCAAGCACAUCUGCUGAAGACUCGACAGCGACCUCAGCUGGUUUAACAAGUGCAACUGAGGAAGCUACGUUUUCAACAUCGGGAGUGACCAUGACACCAGAAUCAACCAAAGACACAAUGGAAACAACUACAGCUAUGUCCUCAAGUGUAACAGAAACUUCAACCAGUACCUCGCCGGAAACAAGUCCCUCACAACCUUCUACGAUUACCAGUGAGCCUGCCACUACAAAUGAACUAACUUCAAUAGUCACGGAUGGGCAAACAUCUUCCACUACCGUUAGACUCUCAUCUACCCAGGGAACUGAAAGUACAACUGCAGAGCCAACUGACUACACAACUGCAGCAGGAACGACCCUUGAAGAUCACACAACAACGUUAGAAAUGUCAACAAUUCCAGCUGAAACAACUACCAUUGUUACACAAGAACCAUCAGCUAGCCCAGAGACCGUGACAAGCCCAUCUCCCACAAUCACUUCUGGUCACACAACAGUGCCCUCUGACGUUACAAGUGAGUCUCUAACUAGCACUGCUGGUACCUCAACAUCAAGUGAGGAAUCAACAACAACUUCUGAAGCAAGCACAUCUGCUGAAGCGUCAACAUGGACAACAGCUGGUUUAACAAGUGCAACUGAGGAAGCUACGUUUUCAACAUCGGUAGUGACCAUGACACCAGAAUCAACCAAAGACACAAUGGAAACAACUACAGCUAUGUCCUCAAGUGUAACAGAAACUUCAACCAGUACCUCGCCGGAAACAAAUCCCUCACAACCUUCUACGAUUACCAGUGAGCCUGCCACUACAAAUGAACUAACUUCAAUAGUCACGGAUGGGCAAACAUCUUCCACUACCGUUGGACUCUCAUCUACCCAGGGAACUGAAAGUACAACUGCAGAGCCAACUGACUACACAACUGCAGCAGGAACGACCCUUGAAGAUCACACAACAACGUUAGAAAUGUCAACAAUUCCAGCUGAAACAACGACCAUUGUUACACAAGAACCAUCAGCUAGCCCAGAGACUAUGACAAGCCCAUCUCCCACAAUCACUUCUGGCCACACAACAGUGUCCUCUGAUGUUACAAGUGAGUCUCUAACUAGCACUGCUGGUACCUCAACAUCAAGUGAGGAAUCAACAACAACUUCUGAAGCAAGCACAUCUGCUGAAGCGUCAACAUGGACGACAGCUGGUUUAACAAGUGCAACUGAGGAAGCUACGUUUUCAACAUCGGGAGUGACCAUGACACCAGAAUCAACCAAAGACACAAUGGAAACAACUACAGCUAUGUCCUCAAGUGUAACAGAAACUUCAACCAGUACCUCGCCGGAAACAAAUCCCUCACAACCUUCUACGAUUACCAGUGAGCCUGCCACUACAAAUGAACUAACUUCAAUAGUCACGGAUGGGCAAACAUCUUCCACUACCGUUGGACUCUCAUCUACCCAGGGAACUGAAAGUACAACUGCAGAGCCAACUGACUACACAACUGCAGCAGGAACGACCCUUGAAGAUCACACAACAACGUUAGAAAUGUCAACAAUUCCAGCUGAAACAACGACCAUUGUUACACAAGAACCAUCAGCUAGCCCAGAGACUAUGACAAGCCCAUCUCCCACAAUCACUUCUGGCCACACAACAGUGUCCUCUGAUGUUACAAGUGAGUCUCUAACUAGCACUGCUGGUACCUCAACAUCAAGUGAGGAAUCAACAACAACUUCUGAAGCAAGCACAUCUGCUGAAGACUCGACAGCGACCUCAGCUGGUUUAACAAGUGCAACUGAGGAAGCUACGUUUUCAACAUCGGGAGUGACCAUGACACCAGAAUCAACCAAAGACACAAUGGAAACAACUACAGCUAUGUCCUCAAGUGUAACAGAAACUUCAACCAGUACCUCGCCGGAAACAAGUCCCUCACAACCUUCUACGAUUACCAGUGAGCCUGCCACUACAAAUGAACUAACUUCAAUAGUCACGGAUGGGCAAACAUCUUCCACUACCGUUAGACUCUCAUCUACCCAGGGAACUGAAAGUACAACUGCAGAGCCAACUGACUACACAACUGCAGCAGGAACGACCCUUGAAGAUCACACAACAACGUUAGAAAUGUCAACAAUUCCAGCUGAAACAACGACCAUUGUUACACAAGAACCAUCAGCUAGCCCAGAGACCGUGACAAGCCCAUCUCCCACAAUCACUUCUGGUCACACAACAGUGCCCUCUGACGUUACAAGUGAGUCUCUAACUAGCACUGCUGGUACCUCAACAUCAAGUGAGGCAUCAACAACAACUUCUGAAGCAAGCACAUCUGCUGAAGCGUCAACAUGGACAACAGCUGGUUUAACAAGUGCAACUGAGGAAGCUACGUUUUCAACAUCGGGAGUGACCAUGACACCAGAAUCAACCAAAGACACAAUGGAAACAACUACAGCUAUGUCCUCAAGUGUAACAGAAACUUCAACCAGUACCUCGCCGGAAACAAGUCCCUCACAACCUUCUACGAUUACCAGUGAGCCUGCCACUACAAAUGAACUAACUUCAAUAGUCACGGAUGGGCAAACAUCUUCCACUACCGUUAGACUCUCAUCUACCCAGGGAACUGAAAGUACAACUGCAGAGCCAACUGACUACACAACUGCAGCAGGAACGACCCUUGAAGAUCACACAACAACGUUAGAAAUGUCAACAAUUCCAGCUGAAACAACUACCAUUGUUACACAAGAACCAUCAGCUAGCCCAGAGACCGUGACAAGCCCAUCUCCCACAAUCACUUCUGGUCACACAACAGUGCCCUCUGACGUUACAAGUGAGUCUCUAACUAGCACUGCUGGUACCUCAACAUCAAGUGAGGAAUCAACAACAACUUCUGAAGCAAGCACAUCUGCUGAAGCGUCAACAUGGACAACAGCUGGUUUAACAAGUGCAACUGAGGAAGCUACGUUUUCAACAUCGGUAGUGACCAUGACACCAGAAUCAACCAAAGACACAAUGGAAACAACUACAGCUAUGUCCUCAAGUGUAACAGAAACUUCAACCAGUACCUCGCCGGAAACAAAUCCCUCACAACCUUCUACGAUUACCAGUGAGCCUGCCACUACAAAUGAACUAACUUCAAUAGUCACGGAUGGGCAAACAUCUUCCACUACCGUUGGACUCUCAUCUACCCAGGGAACUGAAAGUACAACUGCAGAGCCAACUGACUACACAACUGCAGCAGGAACGACCCUUGAAGAUCACACAACAACGUUAGAAAUGUCAACAAUUCCAGCUGAAACAACGACCAUUGUUACACAAGAACCAUCAGCUAGCCCAGAGACUAUGACAAGCCCAUCUCCCACAAUCACUUCUGGCCACACAACAGUGUCCUCUGAUGUUACAAGUGAGUCUCUAACUAGCACUGCUGGUACCUCAACAUCAAGUGAGGAAUCAACAACAACUUCUGAAGCAAGCACAUCUGCUGAAGCGUCAACAUGGACGACAGCUGGUUUAACAAGUGCAACUGAGGAAGCUACGUUUUCAACAUCGGGAGUGACCAUGACACCAGAAUCAACCAAAGACACAAUGGAAACAACUACAGCUAUGUCCUCAAGUGUAACAGAAACUUCAACCAGUACCUCGCCGGAAACAAAUCCCUCACAACCUUCUACGAUUACCAGUGAGCCUGCCACUACAAAUGAACUAACUUCAAUAGUCACGGAUGGGCAAACAUCUUCCACUACCGUUGGACUCUCAUCUACCCAGGGAACUGAAAGUACAACUGCAGAGCCAACUGACUACACAACUGCAGCAGGAACGACCCUUGAAGAUCACACAACAACGUUAGAAAUGUCAACAAUUCCAGCUGAAACAACGACCAUUGUUACACAAGAACCAUCAGCUAGCCCAGAGACUAUGACAAGCCCAUCUCCCACAAUCACUUCUGGCCACACAACAGUGUCCUCUGAUGUUACAAGUGAGUCUCUAACUAGCACUGCUGGUACCUCAACAUCAAGUGAGGAAUCAACAACAACUUCUGAAGCAAGCACAUCUGCUGAAGCGUCAACAUGGACGACAGCUGGUUUAACAAGUGCAACUGAGGAAGCUACGUUUUCAACAUCGGGAGUGACCAUGACACCAGAAUCAACCAAAGACACAAUGGAAACAACUACAGCUAUGUCCUCAAGUGUAACAGAAACUUCAACCAGUACCUCGCCGGAAACAAAUCCCUCACAACCUUCUACGAUUACCAGUGAGCCUGCCACUACAAAUGAACUAACUUCAAUAGUCACGGAUGGGCAAACAUCUUCCACUACCGUUGGACUCUCAUCUACCCAGGGAACUGAAAGUACAACUGCAGAGCCAACUGACUCCACAACUGCAGCAGGAACGACCCUUGAAGAUCACACAACAACGUUAGAAAUGUCAACAAUUCCAGCUGAAACAACUACCAUUGUUACACAAGAACCAUCAGAUAGCCCAGAGACUGUGACAAGCCCAUCUCCCACAAUCACUUCUGGUCACACAACAGUGCCCUCUGACGUUACAAGUGAGUCUCUAACUAGCACUGCUGGUACCUCAACAUCAAGUGAGGAAUCAACAACAACUUCUGAAGCAAGCACAUCUGCUGAAGACUCGACAGCGACCUCAGCUGGUUUAACAAGUGCAACUGAGGAAGCUACGUUUUCAACAUCGGGAGUGACCAUGACACCAGAAUCAACCAAAGACACAAUGGAAACAACUACAGCUAUGUCCUCAAGUGUAACAGAAACUUCAACCAGUACCUCGCCGGAAACAAGUCCCUCACAACCUUCUACGAUUACCAGUGAGCCUGCCACUACAAAUGAACUAACUUCAAUAGUCACGGAUGGGCAAACAUCUUCCACUACCGUUAGACUCUCAUCUACCCAGGGAACUGAAAGUACAACUGCAGAGCCAACUGACUACACAACUGCAGCAGGAACGACCCUUGAAGAUCACACAACAACGUUAGAAAUGUCAACAAUUCCAGCUGAAACAACGACCAUUGUUACACAAGAACCAUCAGCUAGCCCAGAGACCAUGACAAGCCCAUCUCCCACAAUCACUUCUGGCCACACAACAGUGUCCUCUGAUGUUACAAGUGAGUCUCUAACUAGCACUGCUGGUACCUCAACAUCAAGUGAGGAAUCAACAACAACUUCUGAAGCAAGCACAUCUGCUGAAGCGUCAACAUGGACGACAGCUGGUUUAACAAGUGCAACUGAGGAAGCUACGUUUUCAACAUCGGGAGUGACCAUGACACCAGAAUCAACCAAAGACACAAUGGAAACAACUACAGCUAUGUCCUCAAGUGUAACAGAAACUUCAACCAGUACCUCGCCGGAAACAAAUCCCUCACAACCUUCUACGAUUACCAGUGAGCCUGCCACUACAAAUGAACUAACUUCAAUAGUCACGGAUGGGCAAACAUCUUCCACUUCCGUUGGACUCUCAUCUACCCAGGGAACUGAAAGUACAACUGCAGAGCCAACUGACUCCACAACUGCAGCAGGAACGACCCUUGAAGAUCACACAACAACGUUAGAAAUGUCAACAAUUCCAGCUGAAACAACUACCAUUGUUACACAAGAACCAUCAGAUAGCCCAGAGACUGUGACAAGCCCAUCUCCCACAAUCACUUCUGGUCACACAACAGUGCCCUCUGACGUUACAAGUGAGUCUCUAACUAGCACUGCUGGUACCUCAACAUCAAGUGAGGAAUCAACAACAACUUCUGAAGCAAGCACAUCUGCUGAAGACUCGACAGCGACCUCAGCUGGUUUAACAAGUGCAACUGAGGAAGCUACGUUUUCAACAUCGGGAGUGACCAUGACACCAGAAUCAACCAAAGACACAAUGGAAACAACUACAGCUAUGUCCUCAAGUGUAACAGAAACUUCAACCAGUACCUCGCCGGAAACAAGUCCCUCACAACCUUCUACGAUUACCAGUGAGCCUGCCACUACAAAUGAACUAACUUCAAUAGUCACGGAUGGGCAAACAUCUUCCACUACCGUUGGACUCUCAUCUACCCAGGGAACUGAAAGUACAACUGCAGAGCCAACUGACUCCACAACUGCAGCGGGAACGACCCUUGAAGAUCACACAACAACGUUAGAAAUGUCAACAAUUCCAGCUGAAACAACGACCAUUGUUACACAAGAACCAUCAGCUAGCCCAGAGACCAUGACAAGCCCAUCUCCCACAAUCACUUCUGGCCACACAACAGUGUCCUCUAAUGUUACAAGUGAGUCUCUAACUAGCACUGCUGGUACCUCAACAUCAAGUGAGGAAUCAACAACAACUUCUGAAGCAAGCACAUCUGCUGAAGCGUCAACAUGGACGACAGCUGGUUUAACAAGUGCAACUGAGGAAGCUACGUUUUCAACAUCGGGAGUGACCAUGACACCAGAAUCAACCAAAGACACAAUGGAAACAACUACAGCUAUGUCCUCAAGUGUAACAGAAACUUCAACCAGUACCUCGCCGGAAACAAAUCCCUCACAACCUUCUACGAUUACCAGUGAGCCUGCCACUACAAAUGAACUAACUUCAAUAGUCACGGAUGGGCAAACAUCUUCCACUACCGUUGGACUCUCAUCUACCCAGGGAACUGAAAGUACAACUGCAGAGCCAACUGACUACACAACUGCAGCAGAAACGACCCUUGAAGAUCACACAACAACGUUAGAAAUGUCAACAAUUCCAGCUGAAACAACGACCAUUGUUACACAAGAACCAUCAGCUAGCCCAGAGACCGUGACAAGCCCAUCUCCCACAAUCACUUCUGGUCACACAACAGUGCCCUCUGACGUUACAAGUGAGUCUCUAACUAGCACUGCUGGUACCUCAACAUCAAGUGAGGAAUCAACAACAACUUCUGAAGCAAGCACAUCUGCUGAAGCGUCAACAUGGACGACAGCUGGUUUAACAAGUGCAACUGAGGAAGCUACGUUUUCAACAUCGGGAGUGACCAUGACACCAGAAUCAACCAAAGACACAAUGGAAACAACUACAGCUAUGUCCUCAAGUGUAACAGAAACUUCAACCAGUACCUCGCCGGAAACAAGUCCCUCACAACCUUCUACGAUUACCAGUGAGCCUGCCACUACAAAUGAACUAACUUCAAUAGUCACGGAUGGGCAAACAUCUUCCACUACCGUUAGACUCUCAUCUACCCAGGGAACUGAAAGUACAACUGCAGAGCCAACUGACUACACAACUGCAGCAGGAACGACCCUUGAAGAUCACACAACAACGUUAGAAAUGUCAACAAUUCCAGCUGAAAUAACUACCAUUGUUACACAAGAACCAUCAGCUAGCCCAGAGACCGUGACAAGCCCAUCUCCCACAAUCACUUCUGGUCACACAACAGUGCCCUCUGACGUUACAAGUGAGUCUCUAACUAGCACUGCUGGUACCUCAACAUCAAGUGAGGCAUCAACAACAACUUCUGAAGCAAGCACAUCUGCUGAAGCGUCAACAUGGACGACAGCUGGUUUAACAAGUGCAACUGAGGAAGCUACGUUUUCAACAUCGGGAGUGACCAUGACACCAGAAUCAACCAAAGACACAAUGGAAACAACUACAGCUAUGUCCUCAAGUGUAACAGAAACUUCAACCAGUACCUCGCCGGAAACAAGUCCCUCACAACCUUCUACGAUUACCAGUGAACCUGCCACUACAAAUGAACUAACUUCAAUAGUCACGGAUGGGCAAACAUCUUCCACUACCGUUGGACUCUCAUCUACCCAGGGAACUGAAAGUACAACUGCAGAGCCAACUGACUCCACAACUGCAGCGGGAACUACCCUUGAAGAUCACACAACAACGUUAGAAAUGUCAACAAUUCCAGCUGAAACAACGACCAUUGUUACACAAGAACCAUCAGCUAGCCCAGAGACCGUGACAAGCCCAUCUCCCACAAUCACUUCUGGUCACACAACAGUGCACUCUGAUGUUACAAGUGAGUCUCUAACUAGCACUGCUGGUACCUCAACAUCAAGUGAGGCAUCAACAACAACUUCUGAAGCAAGCACAUCUGCUGAAGCGUCAACAUGGACGACAGCUGGUUUAACAAGUGCAACUGAGGAAGCUACGUUUUCAACAUCGGGAGUGACCAUGACACCAGAAUCAACCAAAGACACAAUGGAAACAACUACAGCUAUGUCCUCAAGUGUAACAGAAACUUCAACCAGUACCUCGCCGGAAACAAGUCCCUCACAACCUUCUACGAUUACCAGUGAGCCUGCCACUACAAAUGAACUAACUUCAAUAGUCACGGAUGGGCAAACAUCUUCCACUACCGUUGGACUCUCAUCUACCCAGGGAACUGAAAGUACAACUGCAGAGCCAACUGACUCCACAACUGCAGCGGGAACGACCCUUGAAGAUCACACAACAACGUUAGAAAUGUCAACAAUUCCAGCUGAAACAACGACCAUUGUUACACAAGAACCAUCAGAUAGCCCAGAGACCGUGACAAGGCCAUCUCCCACAAUCACUUCUGGUCACACAACAGUGCCCUCUGACGUUACAAGUGAGUCUCUAACUAGCACUGCUGGUACCUCAACAUCAAGUGAGGAAUCAACAACAACUUCUGAAGCAAGCACAUCUGCUGAAGACUCGACAGCGACCUCAGCUGGUUUAACAAGUGCAACUGAGGAAGCUACGUUUUCAACAUCGGGAGUGACCAUGACACCAGAAUCAACCAAAAACACAAUGGAAACAACUACAGCUAUGUCCUCAAGUGUAACAGAAACUUCAACCAGUACCUCGCCGGAAACAAAUCCCUCACAACCUUCUACGAUUACCAGUGAGCCUGCCACUACAAAUGAACUAACUUCAAUAGUCACGGAUGGGCAAACAUCUUCCACUACCGUUGGACUCUCAUCUACCCAGGGAACUGAAAGUACAACUGCAGAGCCAACUGACUACACAACUGCAGCAGGAACGACCCUUGAAGAUCACACAACAACGUUAGAAAUGUCAACAAUUCCAGCUGAAACAAUGACCAUUGUUACACAAGGUUCAUCAGCUAGCCCAACGAUAGAAGCAAUAACCACAACACAGUCUCCAACUCCCACAUCUACCACACCCUUUCUAACUACUCAAACUACAUUACCUUUCACAACCACACCCAACACACCUUCAACUACAUCAACUACCCCACCUACCACACCUUCUACAACCACCCUAAUUACAUCAACUACCGCACCUACCACACCUCCAACUACAUUAACUGCAUCAACUACACGUACCACACCUUCUCCAACUACCCUUACAUCAACUACACAUUCUACUACACCUAUCCCACCUGCCCCUUCUACUACAUCUAUCCCAACUACCCCUUCUACUGCCCCUUCUACUACACCUAACCUAACUACAACACCUACCCCAACUACCCCUUAUACUACACCAAUCCCAACUACCCCUUCUAAUACACCUACCCAUUCUACUACACCUACCCCAACUACCCCUUCUAAUACACCUAUCCCAACUACCCCUUCUAAUACACCUACCCCUUCUACUACACCUACUUCAACUACCCCAACUAACCCUUCUACUGCAUCCAGUCCAACUUCUACAACUGCAUCUGCUUCAUUGACGUCAACUUCACUCUCAACAACUGAACCUCCGAUAAUUGUGACUGUGGACACUAUUGAAGUAUCAACAGAUGUCACUGUUAGACUCAACAAAACAUUUAAAGAAGAAUACAGUCACCCGUCAACACAGGAAUACCAAGAUUUUACAAAAAAUUUCACCAACGAUAUGACCUUACUGUACAACCGCACUAUUAACAAUUUUAUCGGCAUAGUAAUAAUAGGACUCAGGAAUGGCAGUGUCGUGGUGGAGCAUGUGGUUCUACUGCGCAUAGAGAAUGGGAAGAACCUAAGUAAUGAGAUUGCUGAGUCAGAACAACAAAUCAAGGACAUUCUCAAUGCGGCCAAAAACUGCACCACAGGCCAAGUAGGCUGUAUUGGGGUGGACAUAAUUGGAGAUGUCAUAGUAAAAAAUUCCACAUUUGAUAAAGAAUCGGUAUGCGACACGGCCAAACUAGAUAAGGACUUGAGGAUAUACUACCAUGCAGCACAAAUAGAUGGGCGACUGGUCUGUGUCUCUCCCUGUGCCCCCGGACACAACAGGGAAAAGAACUGCAACACGGGCACAUGUAGUAUGUCAAGGGACGGUCCGGUCUGCAGAUGUAACCAGGACUACUGGUACCUAGACUCUGAUUGCUUCGGUCCUAUCCUGAAGAGGGACCUCUUUGCCGCACUACUGACCCUGGCAGGACUGGCGAUAGCAGCCGUGGGGGUCAUGGUGGUCUAUGUGCCCUGGCAUAGACGACAAUUACAUAGGGUGAAAGAUAUCCAUACUGGACAAGUUAACCAGUGGCUGGAGGAAGACUUUGAAUGGCCCAACAGGCCAAAUAUAGGUGGCCACUUGGUUGGUUCAAGUAGUUCCACCGUCCUAACAGAGAAUGAGCCUAACCCACCUUAUGGGGGCCGAGUGGGCUUGCAGUACGACACAGAGGGAGAUUCCCUGUCAUCCUCCAGUACAAGGCUGCCGUCUCCCUACCAUGGAACACAGGCACAGGUGUCCAGGAGGCCUGAGAUCAUCUGCCAUGACUACAGUUCCUGGGGUGCUGAUAGGGACACCAUUCAAGUCAUACAGACUACUGCCACCUCGUCAGGGCAGCAUUUUACAUUGAGUGACCCUGGCAGCCAAUCAGAGCUUAGGAUCAGCAUACCGGAGAUAAGGACUUACUCUGAGAUCUAGUGGGACAUCCUCAACUCUUAAAAACAGAACUGGACAAAGAACAGGAUAAUACAUUUAACGAAGUGUUUCUCAUCGACCAACGGAAUAAAGCAGAAAGAAAAAGGAUCUCUUAACGGACAGUCUCCUCUUUGGGAGCGAAGCCUGAAUAACGGUUGUGGGACAAUGCUUUAUUAACACUACACAGGAUUGUCCAAAGAAGUAUGGACUCACUGAUACAGGAGGAUGUGAAACCCAACCUAAGCUUCAUUAAUGGAAUAAUCUGCUCUCAAAUCAAUCAACCUAUCAGGAUAUCUAAGGAAACAACCUGUUUUAAAUGCUGUACUUCAGUGACGCAUGUUUACAAUAAAUCUGCACAAUGAUAUAUGUUGCUUGUACCAGUUUACCAAUUAGCAUGGCUUCUUUUGCACUUUGGUACCACAACAAAUUAAUGUAAAUAAUGUUGUAAUAUCACAUGUAUAUAACAAUCUGUUUUUAUAUAGAACAGACAUUUCACUGUGGUAGUUCUUAUAAAAUCAAAACAUAUUUAAAAUGUGUACCAAAAACUAAGUUAUUUCCCAACUCAUUUUUGUAAACUGCAUAAUGUCAAACCAAUAAUACAAUAUUGUAUCACACAUAAAUAGAACAAUAAACGCAUCUGAUGAAAUUGGCAGUCAAAUGAACAAUGAAUGAAGGCCAAAGUGAGCCAUUUCUAAUCAGUGCCGCAUUCUCUUGAUCUUGUUUGGCUGCAUGUUCAACGUUCUUUGGCUGUGCGCUCAUCUCAUCUUU